AUGGCCACAUCAACAAUUACUGAGGACGAAACAUCUGUUAGUCCACCAACAGCAUCUAUGUUUGCUGCACCUGAUCCCGAUGUAAAUCAAUCAACGUUCGAACGAAAUGAAACAAUUGAGCCUAUUAUAUCGUUUGGUUUAAUAACAGAUAUUCACUAUGCUGAUCAUGAUGAUCGAUGGAAUCAUGUUCAAACACAUUUACGACGCUAUAGAAACUCUGCUAAUCUAGUCGAUGAAGCAUGUCAUUAUUGGUUAAAUGGAAAAUAUCCAAUAUCAUUUGUGCUUCAACUGGGCGAUCUGAUCGAUGGAGUUUGUCAUACAAAUAAAACAUCAGGCAACGAUUUAAAUGUCAUACUAGAACAAUUUAAAAAGACAUUGAAUUCUCUACCUAUUUAUCAUAUAUGGGGUAAUCAUGAAUUAUAUAAUUUUACACGGCAAGAGCUAUUAAAUGGACCAUUAUGUUCGUUUGAUACAAAAACUAGUUCGCUAGCACAUUAUGGAACAUUUGAAGUAUGCCCUAAUUUGAGAAUUAUUGCACUUGAUACCUAUGAAUUCAGUGCAUUAGGUGUAGGUAAUGACAGUGAAGUCUAUGGUAAAUCAAUGGAAUUAUUGAGAAAGCACAAUCAAAAUGAAAGUCCCAAUGAUCCUACAGGUUUACGAGGACAUCAACGAAGAUACGUACAAUUCAAUGGUGGAAUUACAUCAAAACAGAUGGAUUGGUUGAAAGAACAAUUAACUGAAGCGAAAAAUCGUGAUGAAAAAGUUAUUGUUAUUGGUCAUAUUCCAAUUCAUCCGAGUGCAUGUGAUCAUCUUGAUCUAUUAUGGAAUUAUAAGGAAGUAUUAGAUCUUUUAUGGAUAUUUGAUCGUACUGUUCUCGCCUAUAUUGCUGGCCAUGAUCAUGAUGGUGGCUAUUUUCGUGAUCGAAAAAAUAUUCAUCAUUUAACAUUACCUGCGAUAGUCGAAUGUGAUCCAAACACAAAUUCUUUUGCAACCGUACAUGUCUAUAAAGAUUGUCUACUAAUCGAAGGUGUUGGUCGUGUCGCUACCUAUAAAAUUGAUUGUCAAUUGUAA